AUGCAGCUUAGUUUAGUAGUUGCAGUGGUUGUGAUUCUGUUGGUUGCCAUCGCCAGUUUGCCAGCAGAAGGUAAACGCGUGACCUUAGUACCGCUUUCGGCUAGCGAAGUGUAUCGUUUGUUACGUGAAGCCGGUCAGGAGGACGCGGUGCCGGAGGGUCGUGUGGUGACACAAGGUAUAGCCGCUGUUUCCGGUUUCGCAGUCGGUUUGGCCAAAGGUAUUGGCGGCUCAUUGCUUGUGGAUUUGGCAACUAAUCUUUGGUCGUCAACGAGUCAAAAUCAACAGCAAGAAAUUUGCUUCAACAGCCGUAGCUUGAAUGAGAUAAAUGAUGUGGAUUAUGGUGAUGAGAAUGUGAACGGGGAUGCCGAUUAUGCAGAACAAGGUAGACAAACUCUUGAUGAUACUGUAACGACUACAACCUCUGGAACAGGUGAUAGUAGUAAUAACGGUGAUAAUACGGCCACAGUUACUUCCGCUACAACAGAGGAGGGCACAGGUGGAGCGGUGAACUGUGUGGUGCUGUAA